UUCUUCUUCCUGCCGCCAGCUUGUCGUUUGGCGCCGCAGCAGAGAGAGAGACCGAGCGAAAGGAGGAGCGGGAGGAGGACUCUCCGCCGGGAUACGGUUCGUACUUCUCCAGAUGCCACCGGACACCGACAGCGGCCUCGGACCGGACGGACGGACAGCGGCGGAGACGGCGCGGGGACCGGGGCGCGCGGGACUCCCCGGGAACAAUGGCGGCGGGAACAACAACAACAUCCUCGGUACCGCGAAGAUAAAUCAACGGUAGGCUCCCGUUAACGGAGCAGCAUCACUGAUUAACAGAGGAGAUGAGGGGAAACCUGAAUGCUGCAGCCCGUUUCUAAGCAACAACAGCAUCACAGCGUGCGGUACGGCACGCACACCAUGACCUACAAGAUCCCCGGUGCAGCGAUGGACCGAGUCAGCCUGCUGUGGCGUCUGAGGCGGCGAGCUCGUCGUGGCGUUCUCUGCAUGGCCUUCUUCUGCAUCUCCAUGGCGCUGCUCUACGCCAUCUGUGCCGAGAACAGCGUGCCCGUCACCGACGCCAUCUUCGGGGUCCGGGCGCGGACCCGGGCUCAGCCACGGGCGCACUCCGUCAUCAAGCAGGUUUUGCGUGUUGACCCCCAGAAGCUGCCUGGCGUCGUCCCCGGUGACCCUCACCGGCCAAUCCCGGUGCUCUCGUCGCCGAACCGGACGCAUGACGCCGGCGCCGGCGACCCGGUGACGCGCCGGCGGCACCGGGAGCCCCCCGGGCUGCUGGCCCGUCUGCUACCGCGGCCGUUCACCCGAGCCCUGGAGACGCUGUUCGGCGGCCGCCGGCGCGGCGAGCUGAGCGGCAGAGCCGGCGACGCUGAGUUCUUCGGGCCGCACGGCCUUCUGGGAGAAGUGUGGGACGACGAGAUGUCCAGCAGCAUGCUGGGGAGCCGGCUCAGGAAGGUGGUGCAGAACUACCAGGCGAUGAAUAAGUAUGGUGUGGAGUUCUCCGGUCCCGGUGGUGUGUCCGGCCGUCCCAAGCUGAGCAGCUCUGAGCUGCUGUGUGAGCUGAAGGAGAAAGUCUCCGUGAGCACCCUGACCUCCGACCUGCCCCCCUUCUCCUCGCUGUCCUGGGCCGCCACGCUGCCGCCGGCGCCGCUGACCUCCGACCUCGGCCCGUACCGGACCUGUGCCGUGGUGUCCUCGGCCGGGUCGCUGCGCUACUCCGGACUCGGCAAAGAGAUCGACUCCCAUGAUGCCGUGCUGCGCUUCAACGCCGCGCCGACCACCGGCUACGAGAAGGACGUCGGUUCCAAAACCACGAUCCGCCUCAUCAACUCGCAGGUGAUGGCGUCUGAUGACCACCGCUUCCUGUCCAGCUCUCUGUACAGCUCCGGUGCCCUGGUGGCCUGGGACCCCGCCCCCUUCUCCGCUGACCUCACUCAGUGGUACAACCGGACGGACUAUCCGAUCUUCCUGCAGUACCAGAGGUACCGGAGGCUCCACCCCCUGCAGCCCUUCUACAUCCUGCACCCCCGCUUUGAGUGGCAGGUCUGGCAGCGCAUCCAGGACAACAUGGCCGAGCCCAUCCAGAGGAACCCGCCCUCCUCCGGCCUGCUAGGAACGGUCCUGAUGAUGUCGCUGUGUGACACGGUGCACGUGUACGAGUUCCUGCCGUCCCGCAGGAAGACGGAGCUCUGCCAUUACUACCAGCGCUUCUACGACGCGGCCUGCACGCUCGGCGCCUACCACCCGCUGCUGUACGAGAAGAACCUGGUCAAACGGAUGAACCAGGGCUCCGACCGGGACAUCUACACCCACGGACGAGUCACCCUGCCUGGGUUCAGGAAGCUCAACUGCACCCAGGCGGCUGGAGGGUCACCCAAACACUGACCACCGGGAAAUACAGGAGCAAAGUGUGCACACACACACACACACACACACACACACACACACACACACACAUGCUCACACACACACACACACAAACACACACACGCACAAACACGUAAACAAUAGGCAGAUGCAUGAACACUUCCUUUUCACUGCCGAAACAAAAAGAAACGCCGUGUCACUCACUUUAAAUAUUUCAUGUUGUACACACACACACACACACACACACGCACACGCACACACACGCACACACACGCACGCGCUCAUGCACACGUUGCGCAAGCACACACACACACACAAACACGUAAACAAUAGGCAGAUGCAUGAACACUUCAUUUUCACUGCCGAAACAAAAAGGAACGCUGUGCCGCUCACUUUAAAUAUUUCAUGUUGUACACACGCACACGCACACGCACGCACACGCACACACACACACAUACACACACAUACACACACACUGAUAGAUGUGCCUGCUGUUCACACAUACAUAACCUCACGAGGAUGUUCCCCUGUUCAUCUCUAAUGCCCGUCUCAGUCAGAAACGUGGUACAGUUAAGAACAGUAAGGGAGUAAAUGUACUUAGUUACAUUCUGAACGUUGAAAGUACCUUCAAGUUUCAACUGGUCUGGACGGGAAUCAAACUGAGCCCCAUCUUCUCAUCUGGGACCCAGACGGACGAGAGGGUUUCACUGAUGACUGACGGACUGCACCUUUAAGAAACCUCUGGAUGAAUGUCUUUUACACACACACACACACACACACACACACACAGACACACACACACACACACACACACA